ACCGGAAGUGCCGGAGCCUUCUCCGCCCGUGCUUUUAAGUGUCGUGUUCGCCUCCUUGGUUGCCACCGGUGCCGCCGCCGAGGAAGCUGCUAGGUGCCGGGGCUACCGCUGCGGCCGGGACGGGAGUGGAGGCGGCGCGGCAUGAGGCGGCGGAGGUCCGCUUCGUAGCGCGCGUCGGAACGGUCCGGGCGGGGCUGGGGGAAGGUGCAGUAUCCGCCCCCUACUGCUUCCCCUUUGCCCACAAGGCCUGCUCCCCAGACCACCUGGGCCCUCCCGCCUCACGGAGGAGCUGCCCGACGCGUUCUCCCGGAUUGAAUGGUGAGAAAAGGAAAGACUCCUUUGAGAAGAGAGCAGGAUGAACAGAGGGAUCUAUGCUUGAAGUUGAGUCACUUGAAAAAAGAUCUCUUUGAAUGUGGAAGAGAUCUGGGCAGAUGAAAAUACAAUCAGGAAAAUGCAACAUGGCAGCAGCAAUGGAAACAGAACAGUUGGGUGUUGAAAUCUUUGAAACUGCGGAGUGUGAGGAGAAUAUUGAAUCACAAGAUCAGCCUAAAUUGGAGCCAUUUUAUGUUGAGCGAUAUUCCUGGAAUCAGCUUAAAAAGCUGCUUGCUGAUACCAGAAAAUAUCAUGGCUACAUGAUGGCCAAGGCACCACAUGAUUUUAUGUUUGUGAAGAGGAAUGAUCCAGAUGGGCCUCAUUCAGACAGGAUCUAUUAUCUUGCCAUGUCAGGUGAGAACAGGGAAAAUACGUUGUUUUAUUCUGAAAUUCCCAAAACCAUCAACAGAGCAGCAGUCUUAAUGCUCUCUUGGAAGCCUCUUUUGGAUCUUUUUCAGGCAUCACUGGACUAUGGAAUGUAUUCCCGAGAAGAAGAACUGUUAAGAGAAAGAAAACGCAUUGGAACAGUUGGAAUUGCUUCUUAUGAUUAUCACCCAGGAAGUGGAACAUUUCUGUUUCAAGCUGGUAGUGGAAUUUAUCAUGUAAAAGAUGGAGGGCCACAAGGAUUUACUCAACAACCAUUACGGCCCAAUUUAGUGGAGACUAGUUGUCCAAACAUACGGAUGGAUCCAAAAUUAUGCCCUGCUGAUCCAGACUGGAUUGCUUUUAUACACAGCAAUGAUAUUUGGAUAUCUAACAUCGUAACCAGAGAAGAAAGGAGGCUCACCUAUGUGCACAAUGAGCUAGCCAACAUGGAAGAGGAUCCCAGAUCAGCUGGAGUUGCUACCUUUGUUCUUCAAGAAGAGUUUGAUAGAUACUCUGGCUAUUGGUGGUGUCCAGAAGCUGAAUCAACUCCCAGUGGUGGCAAAAUUCUUAGAAUUCUGUAUGAAGAAAAUGAUGAAUCUGAGGUGGAAAUUAUUCAUGUUACAUCCCCUAUGUUGGAAACAAGGAGGGCAGACUCAUUCCGUUAUCCUAAAACAGGCACGGCAAAUCCAAAAGUUACUUUUAAGAUGUCGGAAAUAAUGAUUGAUGCUGAAGGAAGGAUUAUAGAUGUCAUAGAUAAGGAACUAAUUCAACCUUUUGAGAUUCUGUUUGAAGGAGUUGAAUAUAUUGCCAGAGCCGGAUGGACUCCAGAGGGAAAAUAUGCUUGGUCCAUCCUACUAGAUCGCUCCCAAACUCGCCUACAGAUAGUACUGAUCUCGCCUGAAUUAUUUAUCCCAGUAGAAGAUGAUGCCAUGGAAAGACAGAGACUCAUUGAGUCAGUUCCAGACUCUGUUACACCAUUGAUUGUCUAUGAAGAGACAACAGACAUCUGGAUAAAUAUCCAUGACAUCUUUCAUGUUUUUCCCCAAAGUCACGAAGAUGAAAUUGAGUUUAUUUUUGCCUCAGAAUGCAAAACAGGUUUCCGUCAUUUGUAUAAAAUCACAUCCAUUUUAAAGGAGAGCAAAUAUAAACGAUCCAAUGGAGGACUGCCUGCUCCAAGUGAUUUCAAGUGCCCUGUCAAAGAGGAAAUAGCAAUUACCAGUGGUGAAUGGGAAGUUCUUGGCCGGCAUGGAUCUAAUAUCCAGGUGGAUGAAGUCAGAAAGCUGGUAUAUUUUGAAGGCACCAAAGACUCCCCUUUAGAGCAUCACCUGUACGUGGUCAGUUAUGUAAAUCCUGGAGAGGUGACAAGGCUGACCGACCGUGGCUAUUCCCACUCUUGCUGCAUCAGCCGGCAUUGUGACUUCUUUAUAAGUAAGUAUAGUAACCAGAAGAAUCCACACUGUGUGUCCCUUUACAAACUAUCAAGUCCUGAAGAUGACCCAACUUGCAAAACAAAGGAAUUCUGGGCCACCAUUUUGGAUUCAGCAGGUCCUCUUCCUGACUAUACCCCUCCAGAAAUUUUCUCUUUCGAAAGUACUACUGGUUUUACAUUGUAUGGGAUGCUGUACAAACCUCAUGAUCUACAACCUGGAAAGAAAUACCCUACUGUACUGUUCAUUUACGGUGGUCCCCAGGUGCAGUUGGUGAAUAAUCGGUUUAAAGGAGUCAAGUAUUUCCGUUUGAAUACCCUCGCCUCUCUGGGUUAUGUGGUUGUGGUGAUAGACAACAGGGGAUCCUGUCACCGAGGGCUUAAAUUUGAAGGCGCCUUUAAAUAUAAAAUGGGUCAAAUAGAAAUAGAUGAUCAGGUGGAAGGACUCCAGUAUCUAGCUUCUCGGUAUGAUUUCAUUGAUUUAGAUCGCGUGGGCAUCCAUGGCUGGUCCUAUGGAGGAUACCUCUCCCUGAUGGCAUUAAUGCAGAGGUCAGAUAUCUUCAGGGUUGCCAUUGCUGGGGCCCCAGUCACUCUGUGGAUCUUCUAUGAUACAGGAUACACGGAGCGUUACAUGGGUCACCCUGACCAGAAUGAACAGGGCUAUUACUUAGGAUCUGUGGCCAUGCAAGCAGAAAAGUUCCCUUCUGAACCAAAUCGUUUACUACUCUUACAUGGGUUCUUGGAUGAGAAUGUUCAUUUUGCACACACCAGUAUAUUACUGAGUUUUUUAGUGAGGGCUGGAAAGCCAUAUGAUUUACAGAUCUAUCCUCAGGAGAGACACAGCAUAAGAGUUCCUGAAUCCGGAGAACAUUAUGAACUGCAUCUUUUGCACUACCUUCAAGAAAACCUUGGAUCACGUAUUGCUGCUUUGAAAGUGAUAUAACUUGGAACUGUGUAGAACUCUGGUAUACACUGGCUGCUUAACCAAAUGAGGGUGUUUAAUCAACAUAGAACAUAGAUUGAUCACCACAUUUUGGUACCUGCCAUGUAACAUCUAAAAGUAAAUUUGGUCCCAUGCAGGUGUCUGAGAUUGUGGAUAGUAAUCUAAUACCUUAACCAUACACACACAAAAUUGGAUGACAUAUUUCUAAGGAACCCAGCAAUACCAUGAGAAUUACUGAAAGAAAUCAGGCAUUAGAACUACAUAUCUUUACUACCCAAUUUUCGCUUUUAAAAGCAUUAUAAACCUCAUGGAUUUAAUUAGUGUAUUUUUACAGUAUAUUUCUGAGUUUAUUAAAAUAAGAUGAUAAUAGUGAUUGGUUUGGUUCAGUUCCAGGAUCUCUGACUAGUUACAGGUUUGAUAGCACUUAAAUGUAAUUGAAUUGCUUAUGCUUCAUUGCUUGGGGUGUAUCCAGCUUGUUAUGAACUAAUCACUAUUAAACCUAAGUCUUAACCAGUCAUUAAUGAUUUUCAAGGAUAACUUAGUGGCCUCCUAAAAAUACUUAUAUUGGUUCAUGCAAGCUCUGACCAGUUUUUAGCCAAUUAAACUCUAUCUAGUAUAAACAGUACUCAUUUUUCUUUGAUGAUAUGACAGUGUGGGUUUUUCCUUUCGCAUAAUGGCGAGUAACUGUAUAUGUAGCAUGGAUUUAUAUUAGUCUUACGAUACUGAUAAUUACAGGCAGAAAAAUUUUUAUCAAAUGAUAGAGCUUAAAUAUUUGCAGGCAGUUUUUUCCUUUAGGAAAAGGAAAAAAGUACACAUUCACUUGUAUUCUUCAGAAAAGUUUGUGGUGCCAGUUUCCAUUCGAUAUUUCCUAAUUAAAAUGUUCCAGAGUUUUUGGGAGGUGGAAGGGAAUCACAGUGUGUGGUGGGGGAGACCAGGAUGUGGGGAAUGACAGGGAAAAGAGGCAGCAAACAUCUGCACAAGAAUGAAGCAGAAGUAGUUUUACUAAAAAUACUCAUGAAAAAGUUUAGAAAGUGAAAAUUAAACUCCUAGAAUGUUAGUCAAGGAAACUAGAAUUAAGAACUCACUCCCUUGCCGAAAGAGCUAAAGACUAACUUUAUUCAGGGAAGGAAAAGUUACUUAGAGUUAUUUUCACUAUUCAAAUUUUUAAAAAUUUUUCUUCUUAAUUUUGGCAACCCUACAAAUUUAAACUUUAUUUUUAAAUUAUUUGAGCAUAAAGUUCUAUUUAGAUAUUGUUAGCUUGAAAUAACAAGGUUUCAGAUGACCUCUUUAUUAUAAGAGGUCUGAUCCCAUCAAGCCAUGGCUCUCUUUUUCAGUGUCUCAAGCCUAUAACCAAUUUUAUUGAAUGGCCAUAACAUUUUCCUCUUUACUCUAGCACUUGGCUACAAGAGAGCUCAUAGGCUUUUAGGUGCUGAUUGAGAACUAUCUGCUUGGAGACUAGGGGUGCUAGAUGGGUCACAUUGAAGCCAGUGGCAGGGAAUGCAUCUAUGGUUUUGACCCUUUUUAUCAAAAACCGUGGUGUUUCAAAAGUUGUUACCAGCACUUUCAAACAAUAGUCCAAGAAAAAUCACUCUAUUUCUUCUCACCACUAGAGAGUAGACUUCCUCCAUAGAGAGCACAGGUUCUAUUAGUCAGUGUGGUGAUUGUGUGUCAGAGAUGGAUUUCAUCAUUGAGAGCCUGAUGGGAGGUGUGGGGAGCCCAGAAAUGGCAGGGUGACCUGGGGAUUCUGCCCUUGGGAAGGAGACUGGGUUUUGCUGUUUGUGUAUUUAUACUGUAUCAUAGGUACCACACUUUUCCUUAUUGUUUGUAUAUGUAUUAAUUUUCAUGUUUAUGCUAUUUUCCCAUGCCCAGAUUUGUUUGUAUUUUUUCAAUGUUAAAUUAAAUUGAUUUGGGUAACUUUUUUUCCCCAAGAAAAUAUUUUCCCCUGUGAUUUAAGUAUUCUAUCUGACUAUUGAAGGUAUUUUUUUUUAUUUUGGACGAGGCCUCCAAGGAUCUAUUCUUACUGUAUAUCACAUGCAAAGUAGAAAUGGUACACAGUGGCUUUUAGACAGCUACUCAUUUGAAACCUCUUACCUAUCAAGGCUGGGUCUUCAAAAUGUCAGCUCUUAUUUUACAAAAACAAACUUCAGAGAGCCUUCUAUACUCGUGGAUUCGCAGGUGUUUUCCAUUUUCAUAUUGCCUUCCCCUUUCCUCUUAGCAACUUUCCUUCCUCCGUCACAUGGAAUGCUUUCAGUUAUAACUCCUGCUCAUUUUAAAUGCCACCCUACUCUUGAAGAGAAAAAAUAACCUGACUGAAUUCGCUUACAGAAAGAUGGCUUGACUGAAUUUUCUUUUUACAUCAGAUGUGGGGAAACAUCACAGUCAAUUCAAGUGAUAAGUUGAAAUCUCACUAAAACUGCUUAUACCCUGACCAUGGGUAACCUAAAGGCAAGAGUAUAACAAAGUGGGUUUUUGAUAAAUGUGUACAUUUAACCACCAAGAGAUAAAGAGAUACAGUUACUUGAGCAUUGUAGAGCAGAGGAUCUCAAAAUACAGGAUUCAUCUGGGAAGCUUACUAAGAGUCUUGAACCUCACUCUUAGAAAUUUGAAUUCAGUUGGUUUAGGUAGAGAGCAGAAUCUUAAUUUCUAACAAGCUUUUCAGGGGAUUCUAAGGCAAGUUGUCUGUAAACAGCUUUAAGUAACUUCAAGAGAAAAUGGAGUCAGAUUAAGGUGAUUUUUACCCUGGAGUGAUUUAUAAGAACCUAAAACAAUGGUCAAGAAAGCUGCUUCAUCUAUGUUAGCUGUUGGCCCCUUCUCACUCUGAAAGAAGCAGGAGGUAUAAUUAACUUUGUAUCCCCAUUGUUUGGAGAUUCAUUUUGAAAAGAAGGGUUUUCCUUCUAUGCCAUUGCUGGCUCUUUUCCACAGCCUCACACAAAAGAAAAGAGGAUGAAGUCACAAUGCAUACAUUACCUUUUAAAAGAAUGUGUUAAAGAUAUUGAUGCAAGUAUGCUUACUUUGUUUACUACUUGUUACCUCUGUAACAUCAUUUUCCUCGUUAGGUGGAAAGAUUCCUGUAAAAUAGAUCUCUCAUUAUUAUAGAAUCAAAAUUUUCAAGCUGGAAUAAAACUUUGAUAUCUAAUUUAAUGUACUCAGUUGGUAGAGAGAGGAGAUAUCCCCAUGACUAUACAGCCAGUUAGUGUUCAGUUGGAACUAGACUCCUUCCAGAUGUCCUGACCCAUGGAAGUUAAAUGAAAGAGAGAAAAGGCAAAAUUUUAAAGAAGUAUUUAUUAAUAUAUACCUAUAAAACAUUUUAAAGGUAUCUGCAUUUUUAAAAUGGUUAAUUUUUCCAUUCUAAAGGAAAUGCUAAGCAUGCUUAUUAAUAAAGCAGUUCUUAUGAUUACUAUUGACAUUCUGAAGUUAAUUAAAGCUGUUACACUAAAUGUUUCUUCCCCUCAUGUAGUGGGGGAUUUGGGCUUGGAAUAUAGAGUAGAAUGCUUGCUUAAUCCUGAGAGCCCAUCUUACAGGUAUUUGAAGUAAGAAAAGAGGCAUGGCCAUAGCUAAACUGUAUGUAAGGUUGGUGUCCAUUCCCAGCAGACACAAAGGAAAAAGGAAACUUCCCCGACUCACCUUCUCAACCCCACCCAGCUUCACCUAUCCAUUUUGCAGCCUAAAACAGAGAGAGAGGUUAGUGCACGGGGUGUCAGGAGACAGUUCUCGGUAAUCAUUUCAGAAGUCCCUCGUGGAGAGAGAUGUAGUGUGCUUUUUUAUUUGUUUUUAAAUAGCCCCAAUACAAAAUUUUAUUGUAUUCAGCACAAUUGGAGUUCAGGUCUUUAAUUUUAGAACAUUAAGUGCCUGCCGUUUUACUCAUUGACUUGUAUAAAAAGAAUUGCAUGUCUCAUUCCAGUAAGUUUAUGGGUUUUCUCAUUUUCAGCUACAUGGCUUUUAAUCAUGUAAAGUGAAACAUUUAGUUUUGAUGCAUUUUAUUACAGGUUUUUUGUUGCAAUAAAGAUGCUGCUAAAUGAA